ACAGCUGUUUUUUAGAAAGAGGCAGGACCUAACCAGGGGUGGGGGAAGGACUACAAAAUACAAACAUGGGAUGACAAAGAGUUAGAAGGCAGAGUGACAGAGAAAGGACAGAGGGAAAAAGUUAGGUGAUGCCAGAGAGAUUGAAUGCAGGCUAUACAGUUACAGAUUUGUGAACAGGACAUGAAUGACAAUAUAGGGGUGAGGUGAGAUUUCCUUUUCUGAGGAUAGUUUUACUCCGAGUUUUGUGACCUUGUCCAGUCACAAGCAGACUGAGAGAAUUCCGGCUUCAUCAGCAAGACAUAUCAGGAACUAAUCAAGUUUUCCAAAGACAAGAGUGGUUGUGCUUAAAAAAAUAUGAACAACAGGUCUACAUCUAACAAAAAAGGAAAAGAUGUACUUACAGUUUCCAAAAAUGGAAGCAAUCCCAACAAGGAACUGCAGGACAAGGACGGCAGGAAGGUGGAACUGGGGAAAAAGGUGACCCUUCUGAGAGGCAUCUCCAUCAUCGUCGGGACCAUCAUCGGAGCUGGAAUAUUCAUCUCACCAAAGGGAAUUCUGAAGCACUCGGGCAGUGUGGGAAUGUCCCUCAUAGUCUGGAUCGCCUGUGGUGUGCUGUCACUUUUUGGAGCCCUCUCCUAUGCCGAGCUGGGGACUUCUAUUAAGAAGUCAGGAGGACAUUACACAUAUAUAUUGGAAGCGUUCGGACCUCAGAUGGCCUUCAUUAGACUCUGGGCUGAUCUCAUUGCAAUAAGGCCAGCAGCACUGGCAGUCAUUUCUCUGGCGUUCGGACAGCAUAUCCUGGAGCCAUUGUUCAUGCCGUGUGAUACCCCCCCCAUGGCUGUCAAACUGGCCACAGCCAUCGGCAUAACUUCGGUUAUGUACCUGAACAGUAUGAGUGUUACGUGGACAGCCAGGAUUCAGAUCCUGCUCACCCUCAGCAAGCUGCUGGCCAUUGCCACGAUCGUGGUGCCUGGGAUGUACCUGCUUUUUAAAGGGGAGACCACAAACUUUGAGAAUGCCUUUGAGCUGAGCAAAGUGAAGCUGUCUGGAAUGCCGCUGGCCUUUUACUCCGGGAUGUAUGCCUACGCCGGGUGGUUCUACCUGAAUUUUUUGGCGGAGGAAGUAGACAACCCCGAGAAGACGAUACCGUUAGCUAUCUGCAUCUCCAUGGCUGUUGUGACUUCCUGCUAUGUUCUGACCAACGUCGCAUACUUCACUGUCAUGUCAGCUGAGGAGCUUUUGGCCUCAGAGUCUGUCGCAGUGACAUUUGCAGAGAGGAUUUUUGGGAAGUUUUCCAUAGCAGUGCCAGUGUUUGUGGCCUUGUCCUGCUAUGGCUCUAUGAAUGGCUGCCUGUUUGCAUUGUCAAGAAUGUACUAUGUAGCGUCCCGUGAGGGACAGCUUCCUGAAGUCCUGGCCAUGAUCCACAUACGCAGACACACUCCUCUGGCUGCUGUCCUCAUACUGUACCCUAUGACCAUUCUCCAGCUGUUCGUCGGGGACAUCUACAGCCUUUUGAAUUUCAUGAGCUUUAUGCGAUGGCUAUUCAUCGGAGUUGUUGUCUUGGGUCUUAUCUACCUUCGAUAUACAAAGCCUGACCUCCCUCGCCCCUUUAAGGUCCCGCUCUUCAUCCCGGUGGUGUUCUGCCUGACGUGUUUCUUCAUGGUCUUCCUGUCUCUGUACUCAGACCCUAUCAACACAGGCAUCGGAUUCGCCAUUUCCCUCACAGGCAUCCCGGCAUAUUACGUCUUUAUCUACUUCAACAACAGACCAAAGUGGCUUCAGAGGUCUAUAGAUUCAUUCAACAGGACUUUGCAGAUCAUCCUGGAGGUGGUCCCUGCUGACCAAUAACUCUUUCCAACACACUUCGAACACAGACGUGCACUGUACCAGACAGGAAACUUAAAACAAUAAAAGUUACAUUUACAGGAUAGUUUUUUUUUUCUUGCCUGAAUCUCAUGGCUCUUAACACUAACUGUUGAAAGAGUUAUCUUUCGGUAGUAUGAAAACUGUUAGUAUUUUUUUUAUAAAACAUCUCGGUGUGCUAUAAAGAUUGCCAAUGUCUGGUAUCUAAUUUUGUUUUCACUGAUUUUUCACAUGUUGUCAAGAAAACUCAUAUUUAAAUGUUCUGUUUUAAAUUGUUAGUAAUUGAUCUAAUAUUAUUUAAGCCAACUGUCUGAUGUGUUUAUGUCCCAACAAUAAAAUGAAUGUUUUUUAAUGC